UAAAAUGGCCACCUCCUUUCGCUUCCCCUUCGUAGCCGCCACCUCCCCAAGCAGCCAAAGACCUAGCGCCGCCGCUGCCGCCGCCGCCGCGAUCCCAGCAAUCGACACCGCAUCCAUGGCUGCUGUGCUCACCCGCCCGCCGGCCGGCACGGUCCAGUGCUUCGGCCGCAAGAAGACGGCGGUUGCCGUAGCCUACACUAAGCCGGGGCGGGGUCUGAUCAAGGUGAACGGCGUCCCCAUCGAGCUGAUCCGCCCCGAGAUGCUCCGCCUCAAGGCCUUCGAGCCCAUCAUGCUCGCCGGCCGCACCCGCUUCAAGGACAUCGACAUGCGCAUCCGCGUCCGCGGCGGAGGGAAGACGUCGCAGAUCUACGCGAUCCGGCAGGCCAUCGCCAAGGCGCUCGUGGCCUACUUCCAGAAGUACGUCGACGAGGCCUCCAAGAAGGAGGUCAAGGACAUCUUCGCCCGCUACGACCGCACCCUCCUCGUCGCCGACCCCAGGCGCUGCGAGCCCAAGAAGUUCGGUGGUCGCGGUGCCCGUGCGAGGUUCCAGAAGUCGUACCGUUGAGCGGCGCUUGUCGGAUCGUUGUGGGUGUUCUUGGCCUCGUUCCAUAUCAAUGGAACUGCUUAUCUGGUUCUAUAUCUAGCUGCCACUUUACCUUCAAAUGUAGACUUUUAAGCCUAGUCUUGAACCAUUUUAGCAUUGUGAUACGAAUGUGAGGAGAUUUUGAAGACUAUUGGCUAGUCUCUCAAGUAUGGUUUUGCUUGUUACCUAUGUCGAGGACUUAUAAUAUGCUUGCCUUAAAUUUAUGCUAUGUAAGUGUAGACCUUCAAUUUCUUUUGUUA